UCAUUAUUAACAUUUAAUCAAUUUUAAAAGUGCCGCGGUUUAGUGCUGAAAGCUACUACCACCAGGGGGUGUAUGACAAAGUAUGACGUCCGUCUUCACUACCUCCAUGGUUGAAAUUUAAACUUGACGCAACUGUCAACGGCCGUCAGAUUGUUCUUGAUUUCUGAACAAUUUCGGUUUGUAGCACUCGUUCAGCGUAAAAUGGCAACAGCAAGGAGCAAGGCAAGAACUCAGAAGAAAAAUGCAACAACACAAACAAGUCCAACAGAUACUAUGAUAGAAAUAGCUCACUUGCAGGAACAGGUGAAGCUUCUUACAAUUGAAAAUGAUCACCUGAGAAAAUAUACUACGGAAGAGCUAUCCAGUAGACUGAAACCUACAACACCUUUGAUAAGACCAAAUGAUAUUGAGAACACUCCUAAACGCUCAAAAUCAGUACAAAGAAAUUUACAGACUCCAAGUACACAGGAAAAGGGUAACAAAUUCUCAACACGUUGUGCGUGUAAGGGAAAAUGUUUUUCUAAACAUUGUGGUUGUGUGAAAAAGAAUGUUCUUUGUGGAGCAUUAUGUAAAUGUGAUAUUACCAUUUGUAAAAAUCAGGAAAAUAGAGAUGAGGAUCAAAAUAAAGAAAACUUGGAAAAUAAUGAGUUAGCACCCAAAAACAUCGAAAACAAAGAAAUAAACAAUAAGCAUUUAUCAAAUGCUGCAGAGAGCAAAAGUAUGUUUAGUCCAGAUGUUACACAAGGUGAUUCAGAUUUUAAUAUUGAAGAAGUAAGGGAAUCUUUAUACUUUGGAAGUCCUAAGCAGUUAGUAUUUGAUACAAAUAAAGAGGAAGAUGAAGAAGAAGAAAAUGAGAAACGAACUACAAGAAGAGGAGGCACUAAGAAAUCAGCUGAACUUGAUGAAAAUAAUCAGAAAAGUGCAACAAAAAGGAAUGUUAGACUUAGAAAACUUUUUGUCGAUGCAGAUGCUACGAAAAAUAGGAAACAGCAGGAAAACAAAAAUAUUUUAAAUAAAGAAGAGGAAGACCUGAAUGAUAAAGAAACAAAAAGAGGUGUAAGAAGAAGUAUUCCAGAUUUAGUAGAACCUCAAAUGGAUGAAAAAAUAAAAGAAAAUAGUAUGGUAUCAUUGAGGCAUGGUCAGAAAGGAUCAAAAGUAUCUAAAAAUAAACCAAAUGGAAGAUAUGUUAACAAUGUAGAAUCAGAAGUUGUACAGAAAAAAAGUCCUGACUCUACCGCAAAUAAUACAGGAGCAUCACGUGAUGAGAUAAAUAAUGCUUCUAAAUUAUUUGAACAAAAAGGAAAGAAUUCUGAAGACAUAAAAACUUCAAGUAAAAAUGAAUCAUAUAGUAUAAAUGAGAACGAUAAUAACGAUUUUAAUCCAAUGCAACCUAAACACGAAUUGACCAGAACACCAAUUCGAGGAUUUUCAACAUCUAGCGAGGAAAAUACUGAUAUAUCAUUAACCACAUCUGUUAAAUCAGAAGAAGAGCGUCAAAUUCCUGAAGUAUUCAAUCAACCUGAAGUAGAUUGGGAAGAAUAUCAAUCUCAACUUGUUGCAUGUAGAAAGUGCAAGAGAAAAUUCCAUCCACUUAGAAUUAAGAAACAUGAGUCCUGCUGUAAAAAGGUGUGAACAGUAAUCUUGUAUAAAGUUUUUACACUUUUUUUUAUCUUAUCUACUAAUAAUAUCAAUGAGUAAUAAAUUUUACUGUACGAGAAAGGAUAGGGUUA